CUGAGAAUCGGCCAUUUUGUGAGUGUGUACUCCGAAACGGUGAUAUUUGUGUUGGGUGGGCAGGCAUUUUUCACUAAAACUAAAACCGAUGAUUUAGUCUCAGCUCUAACAAUUAAUUCGUAGAUUAAAUUGGAUUUCAAAUUACAUGUGCUUGAGUGUUAGGUUUACGAUUUGAUAUAAAUAAAUAAAUCUGUGGGAUUACGAUGGAGGAGAAGGCAUCACUCAAGGAGCUUGACCAGUGGAUAGAACAGUUAAAUGACUGCAAACAACUGACAGAAAGUCAAGUUAAAAGUCUCUGCGACAAGGCUAAAGAGAUACUGGCCAAGGAAUCCAAUGUCCAGGAGGUCAAAUGUCCAGUAACAGUAUGCGGUGACGUUCAUGGACAGUUCCAUGAUCUGAUGGAGCUGUUUCGAAUAGGUGGCAAAUCACCCGAUACAAACUACCUGUUCAUGGGGGAUUACGUCGACCGUGGAUACUACUCCGUUGAGACUGUAACCCUUCUUGUUGCACUAAAAGUGAGAUACCGGGAAAGAAUAACUAUUCUUCGUGGUAACCACGAGUCAAGGCAAAUAACACAAGUCUACGGUUUCUACGACGAAUGUCUACGUAAAUAUGGAAACGCCAAUGUGUGGAAAUUUUUUACCGAUUUAUUUGAUUUUCUGCCAUUGACUGCGCUGGUCGACGGUCAAAUAUUCUGUUUGCACGGUGGUUUGUCACCUUCAAUCGACACCCUUGAUCACAUUCGUGCACUAGACCGUCUCCAAGAAGUGCCACACGAGGGACCAAUGUGUGACCUCCUAUGGUCGGAUCCCGACGACAGAGGAGGAUGGGGUAUCUCACCACGUGGUGCUGGAUACACAUUCGGCCAAGAUAUAUCUGAAACAUUUAAUCAUUCAAAUGGUCUGACUCUCGUAUCAAGGGCUCACCAGCUCGUUAUGGAGGGCUACAACUGGUGUCACGAUCGCAAUGUCGUUACAAUAUUCUCAGCCCCAAAUUACUGUUAUCGUUGCGGUAAUCAGGCUGCGAUUAUGGAGCUGGAUGAUGCUUUGAAAUAUUCAUUCCUUCAGUUCGAUCCAGCCCCAAGACGUGGCGAGCCACACGUAACCAGACGGACGCCCGACUACUUCCUGUAAGAUGGUUCACCCCCUGGGAGGAUAGAUUUAUAAGGUGAAUUGUUUCUCAUUAUAUUCGGUGGAAAUACACUCUUGCAUCAAGCCACAAUCUGUGAAUUUUUGGAGAAUCAAAUGGUCGUUCUGAUGACCAUUUCUAUUGAUAAGGAUUAAUUAUGCUUAUGGAUAAUUAAAUUGUAUAAUGCAAGCCAAAACAAUCCAGCGAUGUUGUGUCGUAUCAUUCACUACUAUUGAAGAUAAUUGUGUGAGUCAUUCCAAAGAGACAAUUUGACAAAAAAGACAAAGUAAAAAUGAAAUAAUUUUUUUUUUCAAUUUCAUGUUCUUCAGUUUUUGGUAAAUAUCUUAAAAUCUAAUGGGAGGUGCGAUUUUUUGUUAUACUCCUGUCUACAGACAAAAAUGAAGGUGGAGUGUGAUAUCUUCACAAAAAUAUCGCUAUCUCGUUUAAUUCCGAAGGUAUUCACGAAACCCUGAAUUACGAACGAAAUUAACAUUUCUCAUUACAGAAUCUCAAAGCCAUGAAGAACUAUUCUAAACCAAUCAACACGAUAGAGAAAUGUAUUCAUAGGAUGUAUUCAUAAGCAUGCAUAAUGGAAUAAUGAAAAAAAAUAUUGUAGUGCUCGUAGAGUGGCUUUCAGAUAGGAAUAACCGAGAAAAUCUGAAAAUUGAGGAAAAUUUGAAACCCGAGACAGAUGAGGCACAAGUCGAGGGUUUAAUUGCGCAUCGUAGAUAAUUUAAAAAUAAUAUAGUGAAUAGCGCAGAAGACGAAAUGAAUCAUAAAAAUAUCGCCCGACCUGCGGGCGACGCCUGAGCAUUUUUUCCCCUCAUUUUGUAUCACAUGAAACGUAAAAUGAUCAAUGAAAAAUGAAAAUAAUACAUGAGAGUGAAUUUUUUCCUACAAAAUGUUUUAAACAAUGAGUGAAUCAUCUGCAGGAUUGUACUAGAUUUGUGGGUGGGUACUUGAUACAGAACACGAAAAAAAUAGACCCUGAUGUAUAGAUAAUUUUGUAUUUACUCUAUUUAUUGUAUUCAGAUGAUUCUCACGUUUUGCGUAACUCUUCGACACAUUGCCUGAUUUUUUUAAACUUCAGAAGAUGCUUUUGUGUCUUUUAGCAUUAUGUUUACUCAAUCUUGUCGAAUUCGUGAUAAUUCACAGGAAUUUUAUAUUUUUUCGGAAUUAUUUGUGAAUUAAAUUGAGUUCAUUUGAUCGAAAGAGCAAAUUUUGGCAAGCUGACAGAUUAACUUCAGACUCUGUUUAUUUGUGAUUCAAUCCAACUGCCGAUUGUGUAAUAAAAUAGUUUUUCGUUGCUGAAAUAAUAGGAAAAAUGUAAAUAGGAGGCUUCAUUCGAGAUGAAACUUUCAAUUCUAUUAAAUUAAUGAAGUUCUGUUCAUGGGAAUUAAUUUAUCACCGUGUGAUAAGAAAAAUUCAUAUGUCAGCUUGUUAAAUUUUCACGAUUGCAACACAGGUCAAACACAAAACACAGUGGCUCUGCAUAUUUCUCAUUGAUGAGAACCUGAUACAUCAAAAGUUUAUCAACAUGUACUUGUGAAGCGAAUAAUUCGCCUUCUUCUUCGUACCUCUUACAAUCACCUGAUUUUAUUCUUUAAUUCAGAAACGGAGAAAUAAAUUCUAACAAAAAAAUCAUAAAUUAAA